AUGUUCGUCGUGCGCAGUAGCAAUAGCCUACAUUUUUUCCGUUCAGCAACUCGCAUAGCGUUGCAAGUCAGACGUUCAUCGACAUUUACUGUCCGGAAUCCAUCCGAGCAUGCACCGCGAGAGGUGCCAACGCCUUUGGUUUUGUGUUCAGCAUCACAUUGGGAUUUAGGAACACGAAAUAACAUCCCCCAGUCGUUUGCUUCGAUGCUCGCGGAGAAAGGUCACACUUGCAUUGAAGUCGAUUUCGGACCACCUGGUGAGAGCGAAAAGAGUGCAUAUUACAUCUUGUCGGCUUCAGAGCUGAAAGUCAACUUGCACCUUUCCGGCAGUGCCUUUCCACCGGUAAUAUUCGCGCGUGGCUUUGCGUCUCUCAUCGCACAGACAUAUGUCUCCUCCCAUCCAGCACAGGGACUGUUUCUGAUUUCCCCUCCACUAUCCAACGCGUCACUGUUUCCUAGCGUUCUUCCCACCCCGCUAGGGGAGUUUGACUACGAACUCGAGUUCCCCGUCGCAGUCAUGGCCCGUCCAACAGAAAUGGAUCAGCUAAGGAAGUAUAGUCGGUUGGGUCAGAAUGAGUUGGUCGACUUGAUUGAACGUGACAACUUAGAAGGUCACGAUGCUUUCAUGAGAAUAGAGCAGUGGUUAGACGAACUGGGGAUCUAA